AGUGUUGGUCGUAGCUAUUGGAGGGAGCUACUCGAAAUGGAAUUUGACGAUUUCAAUCCGCUCAUUGUCAAUUGCUAUUAUGCUAUCUUCGUUAUCGUCGGAGUAUCUACCAAUGGCUUACUGAUAUAUCUCGUCAGAUAUAGAAGUCCCCGCAUUGUUUGGAGUUUGAAGGUUAUGUUGAUUAACAUAUCUGCAGUGCAAAUCCUUAUAACACUGACGGCAGGACUCUUGCAAGGAAGAAUGAUGUCGAACAGUUCGACUACAGCAAUCCUUUCAGAGGGUCCAUUUCGUAUGUUGGGUCCCAUGGCAGCCCUUGUCGGCUACACCAUCAUUAAUGCUUUUACAUUUUAUGUGGAGCUUCUGAUAGUACAUACAAUGUUUUGGCGUUAUCGGAAGUUACAGGCCAGACAGAUAAAGACACUAGAACUUUUGGUGAUUCUCGUCUUGAUUGCGAUUUGGCCGGUAUUGCUGUUGGUUCUGCCGCACGUUGGAUCUCUACGGUUUGACCUUGUCAUGAAGGAAACAAUCAAUGAACAUCGUAAUUACAAUUUAAAAAAAUAUGGUGACAUUGGAGGAUUCGAAACGGGAAAACUCGUCCAGACAAUAUGUGCGGUCAUUGCUUGUGGAAUAGCGGCAGCUUCACCGAUUCUUAUUCUGUUUCUCAGACGAUUGAUCAUGAAAACGUUGAACAACACGCUCCACCAGUACAGCGAGAAGACAGUGCAGAGUUCUAGGAUGUUCUUAAAGGCUCUCACAAUACAAGCCAUGGUUCCGAUCAUAUGCUUCCUACCAACGGUUUCGCUAUCCAUUCUAGCAAUGGCUACUGGAUCGGAGGCUUCUAUCAGUGAAUAUCUUCGUAUUUGUAUUGCCACUUUGCCAUUCAAAACGUUAAAAUUCGGAAUGACAUUCGUUGAUUUCAACUCAGUCUUCAUUAACUGCUACUAUACUAUUUUCGUUAUCCUUGCAGUAUCUACGAAUGGGUUGCUACUAUAUCUUAUCAAUCAUAGAACUCCCCACAUUGUUCAAAGUAUGAAGGCAAUGCUGAUGAACAUUUCUAUAGCUCAGAUCAUAGUAGCAUUAUUGGCAUGGUUUUCGCAGGGCAGAGUCGUACCGGGCAGUUACAGUACAGCGUUUAUUUCGGCAGGACCAUUUCGUGUGCUCAGUCCUAUGGCAUACCUCGUCGUCUGCGAUUCCUUUUAUGCUCUAACAUCCUAUGCAGAACUAAUGAUAGUUCAUACAAUGUUUUGUCGUUUUAGAAUGCUACAAACAAAGCAGAUGACCACGGCACAGCUUCUAUUGAGUUUUGUUAUAAUGGCAAAUUGGCCAUUUAUGAUAGUGAUUAUUCCAAACUUAGGAUCUCGAGAGUAUGAUGGCGUCAUGGAAGAUGCAAUUCGUAUGCAUCCACAUCAUAACCUAGAGAAAUAUGGCCAAUUUGGUGGUUACAAAUUUGCGAAUACACUCCACAACAUCAAGUCGGCUAUUGCUGCUUUGAUUACAGUCGCGUCGUCAAUAGCUAUUUUGUUUUUGAGAUAUUUCAUACUGAAAACGCUCAACAUCAAGAAUCAGCAGUUGUCAGGAAGGACAGCGCAAAGCUCUGAGAUGUUUUUGAAGGCUCUCACAGUGCAAGCCAUGGUUCCAAUUAUUUGCUUCAUCCCUGGACUACUGCUAAGCCAAAUCAUGACAAUUUCUGGAACGGAAAUUGUCUUUUUUGAACAGGUUCCGUAUAUCCUUGGAUGUUUGCCAUGUGUGAUUGAUCCAUUGAUCGCCUUUAUUUUCGUCCCACCGUAUAGAGCAUGGGUUUCGGAAAAAACUCCCGACAUAGUUCGAAAUAUGAAGGUCAUGCUGAUGAACAUAUCUACAGCUCAGAUCGUCAUAGCACUAUUAUCAUGGUUUUCGCAAGGAAGGGUCGUACCGGGCACUCACAGUACAACGUUUAUUCCAGCAGGGCCAUCUCGUAUGCUCAGUCCUGUUGCAUACCUCGUCAUCUGCGAUUCCAUUUAUGCUCUGACAGCCUAUGUAGAACUAAUGAUAAUUUUAGUGAACUUUGGAUUUCGACAGUAUGAUGGCGUCAUGGAAAAUGCGAUCCGUAUGGAUCCUCAUCAUAAUUUUGAAAAAUACGAUGAAUUUGGAGGUUUCAAAUUGGCAAAUACACCCCACAACAUCAAGACGGCUAUGGCUGCUCUGAUUACAGUAGCGUCGUCAAUUGCUAUUUUGUUUUUGAGAUAUUCCAUACUGAAAACGCUUAACAUCAAGAAUCAGCAAUUGUCAGGAAGGACAGCGCAGAGCUCUGAGAUGUUUUUGAAGGCUCUCACAGUACAAGCCAUGGUUCCAAUUAUUUGCUUCGUGCCUGGAAUACUGCUAGUCCAGCUGCCGACAAUUUUUGGAUCGGAAAUUGUCCUCGUUGAAUAUACUCCGUAUAUUCUUGGAACAUUGCCAUGUGUGAAGUGUUUUGAACUCGGUUGUAAUUAUUGGAAGGAACUACUCGAAAUGGAAUUCGACGAUUUCAAUCCACUCAUUGUUAAUUGCUAUUAUGCUAUCUUCGUUAUCGUUGGAGUGUCUACCAAUGGCUUACUGAUAUACCUUAUCGGAUACAGAAGUUCCCGUAUUGUUUGGAGUCUGAAAGCUAUGAUGAUCAACAUUUCUGCAACGCAAAUUCUCAUAACACUGACGGCAGGACUUCUGCAAGGAAGAAUGAUGUCGAACAGUUCGACUACAGCAAUCCUUUCAGAAGGUCCAUUUCGUAUGUUGGGUCCCAUGGCAGCCCUUGUCGGCUACACCAUCAUUAAUGCUUUUACAUUUUAUGUAGAGCUUCUCAUAGUCCACACGAUGUUUUGGCGUUAUCGGAAGUUACAGGCCAGGCAGAUAAAGACAGUAGAACUUCUGGUGAUUUUCUUCUUGAUUGCAAUUUGGCCGGUAUUGCUGUUGGUUCUGCCGCACAUUGGAUCUCUACGGUUCGACCUUGUCACGAAGGAAACAAUCAAUGAACAUCGUAACUACAACUUAAAAAAAUAUGGUGACAUCGGAGGAUUCGAAACGGGAAAACUGGUCCAAACAAUUUGCUCGUUCAUAGCUUGUGCAAUAGCGAUAGCUUCACCGAUUCUUAUCCUGCUUCUGAGACGAUUGAUCAUGAAACUUUUGGACGACACGCUUCACCAGUAUAGCGAGAAGACAGUACAAAGCUCCAGGAUGUACUUGAAGGCUCUCACAAUACAAGCCAUGGUUCCGAUCAUUUGCUUCCUACCAACGAUUUCGCUAUCCGUUCUAGCAAUGGCUACUGGAUCGGAGGCUUCCAUCAGUGAAUAUCUUCGUAUUUGUAUAGCAACUUUGCCAUGUGUCAUCGAUCCCCUCAUCGCUUUCUAUUUUGUUCCACCCUACAGGGAAUGGGUUUUGGAGAAGCUUUGUAGACGGUCACCCUCUAUAAAAUUGGAACCGAAAAGCACGACGGGUAGCACUCCGAACCGUACAAUACCACUUCCGCCCAUCACUACAUACUAG